AUGGGUGCGCAACGGUCGUCGAUCCGCGUGUACUCGAUGGUGGCGGCGGGCGCGCUGGAGAUGGACGUCGUCGACGGCCACGUGAAGCUGAUGCGUCUCGUGAGGGACGAUGGCGACGACGAGUGGCUCGCCGCGUCCACCUCGCUCGGGUUGCCGGGCGUCAUCGUGAGGAUGAAGUUCAAUAUCUACCCCGACUCCAAGGUCUAUGCGCAUCAGAAAACGCUGGAAGAAAAGGACGUUCUCGAUGGUGACAUCUACGACAUGAUCGCCCCGUACGUGACAGCCAACCUCUGGUGGUGGCCUUGCAAGCGCAGGUUCCACCACCGGUACUACGACGUCGUCCCGACGAACGCCAGCGCCCGGGAGGGCUUCCAGAACACGUUCUCGGUGACAGACCUUGAGGAAACGGCGGCACGCACGCUCCUCGACAGCGGCCGGUACCUGGCGACGUCCAAUGUGCUCGACUUCCCCAGCUUCCGGCCGAAGGUCGGCGACCAUACCAGGUUCAACGAACCGUUUUACCACAACCUCGCCAUGGUGCUCGUCGACGAGUUCCCGUGCCGCCCGCACUGGACCAAGAACACCAGUGAGGUCUUUGCUCAUGCGGUGAAGAACAUCGACCCCCGACGUAAGCCCGCGAACUUGCCGCUGAUCCAAAAAUUGGGGUUUUUCGUCCGCUGA